UGUACUGGACGGACAGCUCGGUCUCUUUGGAUCGCCUCAUGGAAAUGAAGCGGUUCCAGAAAAUCAACCACUUCCCAGGCAUGAUUGAGCUGUGCCGUAAGGACUUGCUGGCUCGCAACAUGAACCGCAUGCUCCGGCUCUUCCCCAAGGAGUACAACAUCUUCCCCCGCACGUGGUGCCUGCCAGCCGACUACGGAGAUUUCCAUGCCUACAGAUCCACRAGGAGAGCAAGAACAUUCAUCUGCAAGCCCGACAACAGCUGCCAGGGAAAAGGGAUCUUCAUAACCCACCACCCAGAGGAGAUCAAGCAUGGGGAACGCAUGAUCUGUCAGCAGUACAUCUCUGAGCCCUUCCUCAUCGAUGGCUUCAAGUUUGACAUGCGCAUCUACGUGCUGGUCACGUGCUGCGACCCGCUGAGGAUUUUCSUCUACAAGGAGGGCUUGGCCCGGUUUGCCACCAUGAGGUACAUCGAUUGCAGCAGCAGAAACCUGGGUGACAUCUGCAUGCACCUGACCAAUUAUGCAAUCAACAAACGCAAUGAGAACUUUGUCAAGGAUGACACGACCGGCAGCAAGAGGAAGCUGUCCACUCUGAAUGCCUGGAUGGCAGAGCACAGCUAUGACACAACAAAACUCUGGGCAGAUAUUGAUGACAUUGUUAUAAAGACACUGAUUUCAGCUCACCCUGUGGUGAAACACAACUACCAGAGCUGCUUCCCCAAUCACAAUACUGCCUGCUUUGAGAUCCUUGGCUUUGACAUUUUGCUGGAUAGAAGGCUGAAGCCAUGGCUGCUGGAGGUGAACCACUCUCCCAGCUUCAGCACAGAUUCUCAGCUAGACCAUGAGGUGAAGGAUGCCCUUCUGUGUGACACGUUCAACCUGAUCAAUGUGCACGCUUGUGAUAAAAAGAAGGUGAUGGAGGAAGACAAGCGGCGGGUAAAGGAACGGCUYCUCCAGGCCAACCAGGCUCUCCGUGAGUCCAGGCGCAAGGAGCAGGAGAGCAACCAGGCUGCCUGGCUGGCACAGGCUGAGACCUACGAGAAUGAGCACCUGGGUGGGUUCCGGCGCAUCUACCCAGCACCUGGGACAGAGAAGUAUGAGCCGUUCUUUCAGAAGGGCAGGUCCCUCUUCCAGGAAACUGUAGCAUCCAAGGCACGAGAAGAGCAUGCCAGGCAGCAGCUGGAGGAGAUUCGCCUGAAAAAUGAAAAGGAAGCUGCCACCAGGAAGAAGAAAUUAGAGAGGAGCCACAAUAAAAGCACAGGUCCUACAACCCACAUCAGCCACAGAAGCACAAAGGCAUGGGAUAGAAAGCGUGUGCAGUACAACUCCAUGCAGCCCCAGGACAUUGUGGARCAUGAGGAGAGGAGAAGAGUGAAUGCUUUGCUGCAGCGUGAGAAGCUGAUCCGAGACCUGGGUAUCACUGACCAGCUUUCCCGGCUGCUUCCCGUAGCUGACACCCAGGGAUCCUGCACUCUCCAGAGCCAGUUCCAGUUUCCCUGGGAUGUCCUUGGGGACCAAGACACGCACAACUUAAUGAUGCUUAUAUCAUUCCUGGGAGUCCCAGCUCAGCCCUUGGGACCCAGGGUCAUACACAGCCCCAGAGGCAAGUCCCUGCCRCCGGACAUGCCAGGCCCAGAUGCCAGUGACAUGGACACGCUCUGCGUUCGAGGCCGGAGCGUCCCGUACCACGUGCGGCACGAGAGCCCCCGGGCACUGGGCGGAAGCUGCCUGAGGGGCCGGGCAGCACGGGCAGUGGUUACCCAGCCCUGUGCCCAUCCCAAGGGGCUGCAGCUGAGAGUCCAGAGGCUCCCUCGUGUUAGAACCCAGGCUGAAGGCUAUGAUGCUGGUAGUCUGUCAUCCUCCCAGGAAGGCAGCUGUCCCCCAGCUUCCCCAGCCAGCCCAGGGCAGGCCACAGGCGAUGGCAUCUUCAGCUGUGCUGUGGUCCAGGAGCUUCCCAUCGCCACUGCUGUUCACGUGCAGCACACCCACGCCUCACACCAUGGCAGAGCCUCGACGUGCCAGUGUGUCACACCAUGCCAGAACCUUGCACUAUGCCAGUGCCUCACACACUCACAGCAUGAAAAGCACAGGGCGCGGCGGCGACGGACGGCGGCGCGAAUGGAGCGGCUGCGGCGGGAGCUGGGCGGGGAGCGCGGAGCCCCCGAUCGUGUCCUGACGUGGCAGGCGAUGGAGCAGCUGCGGUUCCUGCGGCAAGAAUCGCCUGAGGAGUGGCCGCUGGAGCGCYUAGCCCAAGGCUUCGGCGUCAGCACCGACGUGGUACGGCGGGUGCUGCGAAGCCGCGGCUGCCCCUCACCGCGCCGUCGGCUGCGGCAGGACCAGCGCGCACUGAGCGCCGCCGCGAAGGCUCCGGGGGCGGGGCCGGGACGGGGAGCGGGGGACGGGCACGAGGUGCGCGCCCCCGACGGGACGCUGUUGUACCGGCUGCCGCGGGGCUGGGGCGGGCCGGGGUCCAGCGCGCAAUAAACGGUGUUGGGACCCGCCUCCACCCGCGUUGUUUCCGUCGCGCCGGGCACGGUCUCCGACACGGCGGG